UCCCAUAAGGGCAGCAGCAAGCCGUACUCUACACUCAGAGGAAAUUAAGUAAAUAAGGUUUACCCUGCUGGUUUUUAUUUACAGGGUUCCCGAGAGAUGCUUGUACAUUAUUCACAUGCAAGGAUCCUUAACAAAGGUGAUCUGUAAUAAUGAGCACACAGUAGUUUCUGAGACUCUGAGCUACUCUGAGAGAUAGAGAUCCAAUCACAGCAGACACUAUGGUGAAGGGGAAGAAGAAAUCAAAUGAUCCUACAGGUCGAAAAAUCACGCUCAAGAUGGCAAAGAAUGCUCUGAGGGUAACUAUAGAUGGAAAACGUCGCCUGGAUCUCAGCAACAUGGACAUCGCCACCUUCCCAAAGUGCAUCUUGAAGCUCUGCGAUGUAGACGAACUGGACCUCAGCCGCAACCUGCUCAAGAAGAUUCCAGACACAAUUGACAGGUUUGUCAACCUCCGGUGGCUUGACCUGCAUAGCAACCAUUUGGAGCAGGUACCUGCGGCUUUAGGACGUCUGAAUAACCUCUACAACCUCAACCUGUGCAACAACCAUCUGACCACCUCGGGCCUGCCGCAUGAGCUGGGUCUCCUGAGGAACCUACGGAUCCUUAACCUGGGAAUGAACCACAUCGAUGCCCUCCCUUCAUCCAUAGCAGCUCUCAAAGAGCUUCAAGAAUUGGGGCUCUUCAACAACCUCUUGACACGUUUUCCCAAGUGCCUCCAGAACCUCUCAAAACUGCAAAAGGUGAACAUCAAGUCUAACCCCAUUCCUACAGAUGACAGUCGAGACCGCAUCCAGAGAGUGGAUUUUCUGUACCUUGUGAGGGAGGACUGUCUGUGUGUUGACUGUUUGAAAAGGUGUAAGAAAGAAAGGGAGAGAUUAGACAGUCGAAUAAGUGCAGCUUCUACAAAAAAGAAGUUAAUGUUUGCUGGGCUCAUUACGCCAAACUCUGUAGUGCAAGAGAAUCAGGCACUAUGGAGGUGAAAUGCACAACUUUGAAGUGCUGUAUGAACAUGUGAAGAUUACAAAUAUAUCCUGUCUGAAAGGUAUAUCUGUGUAGGAAUGUAGAAAUGUAAUUCAUAACGCUUUAUUUAACAAAAUAAUAUUUACAUUGAACAGUAUGUAUUAAUAUCAGCAGAUAAUUUUAAUUUCAUGCAAUCACAAUA